GCCAGAUUCUGGGUCUCCGAGAGCUCAGUGCGAGUCAUUUUCCCAAUCCAGGAGACGGUUUCUUUGUGAUGGUUUGAGAGAGAUCGGUCAAUUGAACUUGUUCUCGUGUUACCAACUCUUCUAGAGCAGCCCCAACUGUGUAAGAUCCCUCUUGUUCAAUCCUGUUUGGUCUAGGAAAGAGUUUGGCAUCCCAACCUGACAAGCCUGCUUUGUGGGGUACUUUUCCCAAGCACGCGGGGCAGGUGAGUUGUCAGUCAGCGACUUGACUCACUUACAUCUGCACAUCCAUCUCAUCCUGCCAACAGUGAUCGCUCUAAAACAACAUGAGGAUCAUUAUUGAGCAUGCAAGAUCAUAAAAUGAGAUGCAUUUACUAACAAACAUGUUAGUCCGUGCUGAGUAACAGCCAAUACAUCUCCUCAAACCGAAGCUUCUCCCCCCUGGCUGUGCCUGUACACCAUGGCUGCUGCUCCUCAAGAUAUACCCAAGACCUGCAAGGUGGUCCUGGCAGAUACCAUUGCAAGGGGGUUGCUGUCUGAAGUCAAGGAGACUCUGGCCACAGUUCAGUCUGCAGGCGCCAUACAGCCUUACCUUGCAGCUUUCCUGGCAAAUGACGACCCUGCGGCAGUCAAGUAUGCUGAAUGGUCCAAGAAGACCUGCGAGGAGAAUGGCUUCACCUUCGACCUCCGAAAGAUGGAUAAGGAAGAGCUCGAGGAGGCCAUCAUGGCGGCCAACGAGGACGACUCAGUGGAUGGCAUCAUCGUGUACUACCCCAUCUUCCCGGGCAACCCGACGCACGACAAGUACAUACAAGAGACGGUGUCGCUGGCCAAGGACGUCGAGGGCCUCUGCCACAAGCACCUGUACAACAUGUACCACAACAUCCGCUUCCUGGAUGCGCCGGCCAACCUCAAGAAGUCGAUCCUCCCCUGCACUCCCCUGGCCGUGGUCAAGAUCCUCGAGCACCUCCAGAUCUACAACCCGAUCCUGGCCCCGGGCAACCGCCUCUUCGGCAAGACCAUCACCGUCAUCAACCGCUCCGAGGUCAACGGCCGGCCGCUGGCGGCCCUGCUCGCCAACGACGGCGCCUCCGUCUACAGCGUCGACCUGACGGGCGUGCAGCUCUUUACCCGCGGGCGCGGCAUCCGCGCCCCGCGCCACCAGGUCCACGAGCAGCCCGGCUGGGCGCUCGAGCAGUGCCUGGCCCUGAGCGACGUGGUCAUCGGCGGCGUCCCCUCCGAGAAGUUCAAGGUCCCUGCCGACCUGCUCCGCGACGGCGCCGUCUGCAUCAACUUCUCCAGCUUCCGCAACUUUGACGGCCCCGCCGUCAAGGAGAGGGCGAGCAUAUACGUGCCCAGCAUCGGCAAGGUCACCAUCGCCGUGUUGCUGAGGAACUUGGUGCGGCUCAUCGCCAACCGACCUCGCCCAGAGGGGACGUCGAAUGCCAGCCAGAUAAAGGCGAGAAGCGAGGCGUUUGCGGAUGGUUAAGUAAGGGGUUCUCUGGACCGAGCGCCUGCAUCUGGUCCUCAGGUCGAGGCCCUCUUUUGCUCAUUUCUUUGUAUCUAUUAUCGCUUGGUGGGUGGGAUACCUGAGAUUUUGACCCUUUUUGCUUUAGAAGGAAGAAAAGGACAGUUGACGUUAGCUAGAGAAUGUCAAUACGGUUUGGCCGUGGCGAUUGAGAGGCUCAAAGGUGACAGUUUCUAGCCAUUCGUUCCCUUGAGCCUUCAAUGCUCAUGGGUUCUCGAACUGCUGUGGACUAGAGGACAAUUAAACUACCAUGAACUGUAAAAAUGUACUGGGUAUCGAAUCAAAAGGAACCAGGGUAACAAACAGUAAGGCUCCUCCCACGCCAUGAAAUAGCCAAACAAAGGGUUACAGUCGCGAAACCAGAGACCUCGAAGCAUUACAUACCGACCGACCACCGCGACCGACCAGUUGGAAGGGGGUUGGUUUUGUUCGCCA